GCUGCACCGGCCCAGCGGACGCGGGGAGGAGGCUCCGGGAGCGCCGCCGUGUCCAUGGACUAGCCGAGGCAGCCGAGGGACCCCCGCCGACGCCGACCGCCGCCUCGCCCUCCGCCCAGCUCGGCGAAACUUAGCGAGCAGGCUGCUGCCCCGACGCUGUGCUUUAGAAGAUGCACUAUUACCGAUAUUCUAAUGCAGAAGUCAGCUGUUGGUACAAAUACUUGCUCUUCAGCUACAACAUUGUCUUUUGGCUAGCUGGAGUGGCCUUCCUUGCAGCUGGUCUGUGGGCAUGGAGUGAAAAGGGUGUAUUGUCUGACCUGACAAAGGUGACUGGUCUUCACGGUCUGGACCCAGUGGUGCUUGUCUUGGUGGUGGGAAUAGUGAUGUUUACUUUGGGAUUUGCUGGUUGUGUGGGAGCACUGAGAGAAAACAUCUGCCUGCUGAAGUUCUUCUGUGGAACAAUUGUGUUUAUAUUCCUCUUGGAGCUGGCUGUAGCAGUUAUGGCUUUCCUGUUCCAAGACUGGGUGAGGGACAGGGUAAAAGAAUUCUUUGAGAAUAACAUUAAAUCCUACCGAGAUGACAUUGACCUCCAGAAUAUCAUUGAUUCGCUACAGAGAAUUAACCAUUGCUGUGGUGCCCAAGGUCCAGAAGACUGGGACUUUAACAUAUACUUUGACUGCAAGAGUGAAAGCAAAAGUCGUGAGAAGUGUGGAGUUCCUUUUUCCUGUUGUAUACCUGAUCCUGCUCAAAAAGUUGUGAAUACACAGUGUGGCUAUGAUAUCAGAAAGAAGAGCAAAAGUCAAUGGGAUGAUCAGAUUUUUGUGAAAGGAUGUAUUCAUGCUCUUGAAGCUUGGUUACCCCGAAAUAUCUACAUUGUUGCAGGUGUCUUCAUAGCUAUCUCACUGCUCCAGAUUUUUGGGAUUUUCCUAGCCAGGACAUUGAUUUCUGAUAUUGAAGCUGUAAAGGCAAGUAAUGCCUUCUGAAUAUGAAAGCAGAAGCAUGUUACAAGACAGUAAAUGCUAAGAUUAUUGAUUGGACACCAAGGCAGGAGAAAUGCAUGGACCAUGGAGUACUCCCGUUGUUAAAAGCCUUAUGUGGAUUUUUUUUUUCCCUCCGCUCAUGCUUUUUGUUAGAAGCUGUUACAAAAAAAAAGUCACCAAAGCACGUGCUGUCUACCUUUUUUCUAACAAGACAACUCAGUGCACCACCAUUGAUCUCUGAGGAAGAAAUGGAAUUUUCCAAGACAUCAGCAGAAAAGAUUUUAAAGACUGUAGCAGGGAGACAUGAAACUGCUGUAAACCUUUCCUUGAAGGAUUGCUAUGAAGAUUGUUCUGUCUUCACUCCUGUCAUCUGUCUUAAAAUGUGAUCUUUUCAAAUGUCGCAUGCUGAUUUCUUCAGAACGUUGCAAUCAUGUUAAUCUCUACCGUAGACUUAUCUGGUCAUUUUUGGCAACAUAUCCAGCAACCAUCGUUGGAAAUUGGAAAGAAAAAAAUCAGUCUAGAUCUUUAAUUGAUUUUGUUGUGCAAAAAAACCGCAGGUUUUGCAAACCCCAUGCUGUUUUGAAAAAUGCAAGCCAGUUCCCAGGAUGGGAAACAUCUGACUGUCUUUAAGUCUUACAAAUCUCUGUUUCGGGCAAGAAGGGUGUUAAGCCCUGAUGCUGUUUCCUGUCUGAGAAAAAUGUAAAUAUUCUUUAUUUAUAGAAGAAAAACCUCUUUAAAAUCCUUUCAAUGAUCAGUAAUAUCUUUAAAAAGUGCUGUCUGCAUUACUUCAGAAUGCAGCUUGUUUCAGUAGGUAGCAAGCAUGCUGUGCUAGCUGUUGAUGGCUUUUGUUAUUCCUCUAGUUUCUCUCAACUGCUACAUUGAUCUUCGCAGGUCUUAACAGCCACUACCAGGAUUGAUGAAAGGCUUACAAAUUCAGUGUUAAUACUAACUGAAAUACGUUUUUAAAUAAGGAAGUACAGAUUUAGCAAGAGGUUAGAGUUGUUGAAUUUUUAAGCCUUGUAUAAAGCUAUUGAGCAAUCAGUUCUACCUGGUUCAAGUGUGAAUCGAAAUACAGUGAACCAGAAUGAUUUCUUUAGUCAUUUUCUACACGAAGCUGAACUAGUGCUUCUCAUAUCAGGGUUUUUAUUUUAAUCAAGAGAAAAGUAAUCUCUUCUUCCAGUCCUCCCUUUGUGGGGGGGGUAGUAGAUGGAUCUGUGGUUCGGUAGGAGUUCCAGUCUCUUCUGUAAGACUUUGGUGCUGUAUCCUUUGCUUUAAGGUAAAAGUGUGUGGCUGAAAAGUUCUUGGAAGUAGCUGUAGCUCUCAGUUUUACUGUGGGCUGUAUAGCUAACAUCAUUUACUGCUUCCAGUGACACCAGGUUUUUCAGGGAGAGCGGGUUCAUUUACAGUGCCUAACACAGUGUAAAUUUUAGAAAAGUAUCUAUUUUUAUAAUAAUAUUUUACUAUAUGUAGUGUGCCUGAAGGAUUUAAUACUUGUAUUUCUAAAGUAUAUGGCUUGCUUUGGAAGCCAAACUUUUAAAUAUCUUAUGUCCUUUUUCUUCUAUUAUGCAUGUAUCAACCAACAUUUCACUGGCAAAAGUUGAUCAACAGUAAAAAUCUUUGUGUCUGGUUGAUUGUCCAGACAUCCUUCUAGCUUGUGCUUGUCACUUCAGACAGUGCUGAUGUGUACUUCAGCUUUCAUAGUUCUUUUUCUGGCCGGUGAUUGAGACACAACAGGAAGAGGAAGCUUGUCUCAGGAUAGCUGAUUUCCUUAGAAUAGCGGAGAAUCUGCGGUUAACUCAUCUGAAAACCUGAAAGUAAAAUGGGUAGAAGUACACUGUGACUUUUUUAAACUCUGGUGUACAACAAGAAAACAAUAGUAGUAGAUCACUGAGGGGAGAGCAAGAGGCAUUUCUUCUGUAAAGCCGUGAAUUUGUGGUCUGUAUUACUCCUUUGUUGAAUCUGAACCAUGAGGAGCAUGGUGAGAAAUGUGUGAUUGUACUACAACUUGGCCAGCAAACUUUGCUUUAAAUUCUGGUGCUUGAAACUUUGCAACACCUCAUCAACCAACUUACUUGGUUAAGGUUAUGUGUGAUGGUCUGAUAUAUGUAAAAUUGGAGAAGGAUGCUUCCUAUUUGGAGCAACUUAGUCGUAAAACAUUGCAUUGAAAACACCAGCUAGGGAGUCUAUUUCCCUUUGCCUGUUUUUGACACAGCCAGCUCCUAAUGCUAGGAAGGAGUUGCAGUAGUUUGGUGAAAAUUAUUCUGGUGUCAAAGAUGGCUGUGGACUUCACACACUGAAAUUAGCUGCUGACAAGAGCCAGCAUUACAUGUUAGGAUUCCAGGGUCUGCAAAUUUGCCAAGUUACCCAAAGACAAAUGAAUACUUGUUGUUUUUUUUUUAAAAUACUGUUUAUAUGUGAGCCAGAAUUUAACUGAAGUAUUAUCUUUCCAUGGUUUGUUCUAAACGGCUUUGGCCCUAUGGACACCAGCCUUUGUUAUCAGUGUUUCAGUUAUCUGGAACUCAAUUUGAGAGAAGUUCAACUUAUUUGAGGAUCUUUAAAUUCAUGGAGUGAUUUUCUUCUUUUUUUUGCCACGGUGGAUAAACUUGUCUGUGCUUAUUCAGUGUCAUUUUUAAAAUCCUGGGGCUCUAGGUUGUUUUGCCCCUCUAUGUUCUGAAGUACGCCCAUACAUGACUAGUGUAAUUUCAGACUUGUAAUGGGAAUACUUUCUAUUUAGUUUUAUUUAGCACCUUCUCUGUGGACCUGCAGUGACUUCAUGGGUAAAGAUUUAGGUUAUGGUCUAAAAAAAAGCUUUGUCCGCAAAGCAGCUGGGUGUGAGCCUGCCUCUAAAGCCUCAGAGGAAAACCUCUCUCACAGAGGGGUUUGAUACAUUGUUGAUGUUGAGAUUUCAGCGGUUGCAUUUGGAACGACUUCACAAACACUACAGUGGAACCAGGGUUUUUCAUGAAGAUGUCAAAUGAGGUCAGACUUGAAGAACUGGACUGAGAGAAGCAAACUUGAAUGUGAUCGCUUUUAUUUCUGAGAAACGAGCGCAAUUUAUUUCCGUUACGCAACGUGUGUAUUUGUCAGUCUGCUUGACAGUGCAGCUGCCUCUGUUUCGAUUGCUAUAACUGCAUUUGGACACAGUUUCCCUGUACGUGAAGAGGAGGAUGAGUACAAGCACUGGAAAAAAAAGUGCAGUGACCAAAGGAGUUUGGGUUGCCUUGUGAAAACCUGAAUGUUUCUUCCCGAGAGGUCUUUAGCUUUGGUGACCUCGUGCAGUGCCAUGUGGACAGACUUGUGCUCCCAGUCCAUGGAGCCUGAUGUGGCCAUUGAUGUAUGUGUAGAAUUGCCUUGGAUUUUCUCUCCCCAUCCCCUCCUUCCCUUUUUCUUCCCCUUACUGCUAGUGUAUUGUCAUGUAGCUUGGACAUUGUUCAACCACUGGAAGGGCAGCUCCUGUCUCAUCUUCUGAGGUGGCUUUUCUGAGUGACUUUCAAUAUAUUUUUUCUCAAGCCUUAAAUUUGAUUAAAUAAAAUUGAAUAUUUUCUA